AUGGCUGCAAAGGGUGAGGGACCUGCCAUUGGAAUCGACCUCGGCACCACCUACUCCUGCGUCGGCGUGUGGCAGCACGACCGCGUAGAAAUCAUCGCCAACGACCAGGGCAACCGUACAACGCCCUCUUACGUCGCCUUCACCGACACCGAGAGAUUGAUCGGCGAUGCUGCUAAGAACCAGGUCGCCAUGAAUCCCAUCAACACUGUCUUCGAUGCGAAGAGGUUGAUUGGUAGGAGAAUUAGCGACCCUUCUGUUCAGAGUGAUAUGAAGUUGUGGCCAUUCAAGGUUAUUGCUGGUGCUGGUGAAAAACCUAUGAUUGGUGUCAAUUACAAGGGCGAGGAUAAGCAAUUUGCUGCUGAGGAAAUCUCCUCUAUGGUCUUAACGAAGAUGAGGGAGAUUGCAGAGGCUUACCUGGGGUCAACUGUGAAGAAUGCUGUUGUCACUGUGCCUGCUUACUUCAAUGACUCUCAACGUCAGGCCACCAAAGAUGCUGGAGUCAUUGCUGGCCUCAAUGUUAUGAGAAUAAUAAAUGAGCCAACUGCUGCAGCUAUUGCAUACGGGCUAGACAAGAAAGCUACCAGUGUUGGUGAAAAGAAUGUCUUGAUCUUUGAUCUGGGAGGUGGUACUUUUGAUGUUUCUCUCCUCACCAUUGAGGAGGGUAUCUUUGAAGUUAAGGCCACAGCUGGAGACACUCAUCUUGGAGGAGAGGAUUUUGAUAAUAGAAUGGUUACCCACUUUGUGCAGGAGUUUAAAAGGAAGAACAAGAAGGAUAUUAGCGGAAACCCAAGAGCCCUUAGAAGGUUAAGAACCGCUUGUGAGAGAGCCAAGAGGACUCUAUCCUCCACUGCCCAGACCACCAUUGAGAUUGAUUCUCUGUUUGAGGGCAUUGACUUUUAUUCAACUAUCACUCGUGCAAGAUUUGAGGAACUCAACAUGGACCUCUUCAGGAAGUGUAUGGAGCCUGUGGAGAAGUGUCUCAGGGAUGCAAAGAUGGACAAGAGCACUGUUCAUGAUGUCGUCCUUGUCGGUGGCUCUACCAGGAUUCCCAAAGUUCAGCAGCUUUUGCAGGACUUCUUCAAUGGAAAAGAUCUGUGCAAGAGCAUCAACCCCGAUGAAGCAGUUGCCUAUGGAGCUGCUGUCCAGGCAGCUAUAUUGAGUGGUGAAGGAAAUGAGAAGGUUCAAGAUUUGUUGCUUUUGGAUGUCACCCCAUUGUCUUUGGGUUUGGAAACUGCUGGAGGUGUCAUGACUGUUUUGAUUCCAAGGAAUACUACCAUUCCUACAAAGAAGGAACAAGUGUUCUCUACAUAUUCGGACAACCAACCAGGAGUCUUGAUUCAAGUUUAUGAGGGUGAGAGAACUAGAACCAGGGAUAACAACUUGUUGGGUAAAUUUGAGCUGUCAGGCAUUCCUCCUGCUCCCCGUGGUGUUCCCCAGAUCACUGUUUGCUUUGAUAUUGAUGCCAAUGGUAUCUUGAAUGUCUCUGCUGAGGAUAAAACAACUGGGCAGAAGAACAAGAUUACCAUUACCAAUGAUAAAGGAAGGUUGUCAAAGGAGGAAAUUGAGAAGAUGGUUCAAGAAGCUGAGAAAUACAAGUCGGAAGAUGAGGAGCAUAAGAAGAAGGUUGAGGCGAAGAAUGCUUUGGAGAACUACGCCUACAACAUGAGAAACACAAUAAAGGAUGAGAAGAUAAGUUCAAAGCUAUCCUCUGAGGACAAGACAAAGAUUGAUAAUGCAAUUGAGCAGGCCAUUCAGUGGCUUGAUAGCAAUCAGCUUGCAGAGGCUGAUGAAUUUGAAGACAAAAUGAAGGAGCUUGAGGGCAUCUGCAAUCCAAUUAUAGCAAAGAUGUAUCAAGGUGGAUCUGGUGCACCUGGUGACGUCGAUGAUGACGCACGUCCACCAGCUGGUGGCAGUGGUGCUGGCCCCAAGAUUGAGGAGGUCGAUUAA